AUGAUAAGGUCCUUGAAUAGAAUAAUUAAGGAAGAAGCAUGCAAAAGAAAAGUCGCGCUUCUUUUCGCAUAUAAUGGAAGCCAAUUUAAAGGCAGCCAAAUGCAAGCGGUCGAAAAAAAUUUAAGAACUGUAGAAGGAGUUAUGGAGCAAGCCCUAUUUCAGGCUGGAUGCAUAUCAGAGUCCAAUCGUCACGACCUUGAGAAAAUCAAAUGAAGCAGGGUAUCAAGGACUGAUAAAGGAGUUCAUGCAAUUUUGACGAUUGCAGGGGUAAAAAUUAUGUGGGACAAUCGCUGUGACGAUGAUAUGAUUGAAACAAUCAACCAAUAUUUACCAGAAGAUGUAAGGAUUUUUGGAAUAAGGCAGGUCACAAAAAGCUUCAAUGCAAAAAAGUACGCAGAUUUCAGAGUCUAUGAAUAUCUAUUUCCUUAUCAUAGCUUAUUUCCAGGAGAAAGAUUCAGCACUGACAAAAUAAAUGAGCUGAACGGGUAUACAAGGCUAUUGGAAGGCACCCAUUUGUUCCAUAACUAUUCAAAGAGACUUACAAGUGAUUUACCAGAAUCCAAACGAUAUAAGAUCUUUUUGAAUAAAUAAAAUAUUGGCUUAUAUUGCUUAAUGGCUUAGUCAGAGUAGACAGCAUAUAUAAUAAAAUUUGAAGCACACAACGAUCCUUUGCAUUAUAAAGGGAUUGAUUUUAUCAAAUUUAAUAUCACUGGACAAAGUUUUGUAUAUCAUCAAAUAAGAAAAAUGCUUGGAACUUCUUUAGGCAUUUUAUUAGGAAAGUUUGAUAAAGGGAUUAUUGAAGAAUCUUUUAAAGAGCCUCUAAUUGAAUUACCCUUAGCCCCUGCAGAAGGCUUAGCUUUAGCACAACAAAAUUUUAGCUGGUAUAAUGCAGCCCAACCGCAUAAGCCUAUAAAGCUGAAGGAGAAAGAAGAAAAAGCUAUUCAAGAGUUUUACAUAAACAGUAUAGUAAACACAAUCUACUCUGCUGAAAAUGUAUUUACAAGCUGAUGCGAAGCAGAAUUUAGGACUCCUAAUAGUAUUUCCAAUAUUUAA